CGUUCUGAAGAUUUAUUUUGUCAAUAGCGAUGAAGCUUUUACUCGAAUCAAACCUAACGCGAAGGUUUUGAACUAAUCCGUUAAAAAUAUAAAGAUGCGGUGGGUCACACUGAAACUCAGUCAAUUUUUUUUUCUUUGGGGAUGGAUUGCACGAAUUUCGUAUUGUUACGAUGUUGCAUGCAAUUUCAAUGCAAUGUGCUUGUGUUGGGUCCAAGACGAUGCAGAUUAUACGAAAAUGGAUAUAAGUUGUACAGCUGUACCAUUUGCAAGAUUUCCAGACGUAUCGAUAAAUUAUGUGGCGCAACUGGACGUAGUGGGCUCGGGUUUGCAGGUUUUCGAUAAUGAGGCGUUAUCGAGCGCUUCGGGUGUGGAGGCCCUUGGCUUGAUGAGCAAUCAGCUCUUGAGGGUUGGGGACAAAUCAUUACUGGGAGUUAGCAGCAGUUUGCGUUCAUUGGAUCUCAGCUACAAUUCGCUCGAAGAAAUACCACUGCCAGCCUUGCGAGGUCUACGAAAACUGAACUGGCUCAACAUGCACAGCAAUCAUCUGACGACAUUGGAAGGAGAUUGGGGUUACGUGGCCGACACACUUUCGAACGCCUUUUUCGGCGACAACUCGAUCAGCGCCGUUCCGCGCAGCUUCUCGACGUUCGCGGCCCUGGUCUGGCUGAACCUCGACAACAACAACAUGGCCGAUCUGCCGGAGGGUGUGCUGCCGCCGAAUCUCGUCACUCUCAGCCUCAAUCUCAAUCUGUUCGAGUCGAUGCCGAGGAGCCUGGCCUCGCUGGCUUUCCUCAACUGGCUGUACAUGCGCGGCAACGACAUCAGGCGGCUGGAGCUGCCGCAAUUCGCCAGCCAAGAGCUCGAGAUGCUCGACGUCAGCGACAAUUCCAUCGAGAGCAUCAGUUUUUCCCCCGGCAAUAAUACCUUACGCAUCAAGGAUCUCAACUUGUCCGGCAAUCGUUUACGCAGCCUGGCGAGGGAGAGCUUCGCUCGCGUGCUCGUCAGGCGCAUCCACCUGUCGUCCAACGGGAUGCGCUCCAUCGACGACGGGGCCUUCCUCGGCCUCGAGGACAGCCUCGAGUACCUGAACCUCGAGAACAACGAGCUGGGCCAGCUGCCCGCCGCCGUGAGCAGUCUGCACGAGCUGGCCUACCUUUACCUCGCCAACAAUCAAAUCCGGGAGCUCAACAACGUGAGCUUCGCCGAGUUCACGUCGAAUCUCAAGGCUCUGUCGCUGGCCUCGAACCAGCUGCAAGUCGUGCCGACCAACUCGCUCGUUGGCUGCUCCAAUCUCCUGCACCUCAAUCUCGGCUACAACAAGAUCCACAAAGUCGAGCCCGGCGAUUUCGAUUGGGCCAGCAGUUUGGAGAUUCUGCUGCUCAGGAACAACGUACUGACUCAGCUGAAAGCUCAAACUUUUCGAGGUGCGAGCAAGCUAAAGGAGCUGAGCCUGUCGUUCAACCACCUGUCGGACCUGUCCGAGGAGACCUUCGUUGGCCUCGAGGACAGUCUCGAAAUUCUCGAGCUGAGCUUCGCCUUCUCCACGGACGUGUUCCCCCAACGCGCCCUGCGCCCGCUCUCGAGUCUGCACUGGCUCGUGCUCGACAACAACAACUUCCACGCGAUCGAGCCCACGGCUUUUUACACGUUCCAGCAGUUGCGCUACAUCAAUCUCGAGUCGAAUCGGCUGCACUACCUGCCCGAGCGCAUAUUCCUCGCGGACGUUCACGCGGAGCUUCGGGACGUCAAGCUGGGCUACAACUUCCUCGAGAGCAUCCCCGAGAGCACGUUUCACAACCUGACCGAGUUGCGCGCGCUCGACCUCACUGGCAACAAGAUCCGAUCUCUGGCGGCCGAUUCCGUGAGAAAUUGCCCCAAGCUCGUCACGCUCUCCUUGGCCAACAAUAGGAUCAGCAGCCUGGACAGUGCCGCCUUCGUUGCUCUUUACGGAUUGAGAUUCUUGCACUUGGAGCUCAAUAAAUUGACUGCGCUCGACUUUGAGACUUUUGCCGACAGUGGAGGAUCAGACUUUACGCUCAACGUCUCGUACAACUCAAUUUCCCAAUUGAAUCCAGGAAUUUCGACCAUCAAUUUAACGAGGCUCGAUUUAGGCUUCAAUAACAUCAGCCAAUUAUCUUCGGAUGUUUUUGCCAAUACACCGAAUUUGAAAAUCAUCAAUUUGCAAAAUAACCGCAUGACGUCUAUCGAGCCAGGUACUUUCGCUUUGACGAGCUUGGAUACGUUAAAUUUGCGCGACAACCGGCUGGAAUCUCUUCGCAAGCAGAGCUUCAAUGGCUUAAACGUCUUGCAGCAGCUCGAUCUGUCGGGCAAUCAACUCUCCCAGCUGACCAACGAGCAGUUUCGACACCUGCGUAAUCUCCGAGUGCUGAAUUUAUCGCGAAACAAGCUGAGGUCGUUGACGCGAGAUGUUUUUACCGGCACCCGUCUCGAAAUACUCGACGUCAGCGGAAAUAAGUUCACGGUGAUUCCUUCCACGCCGCUUUUAGAUGUGGGCUACACGCUCAGGAGUAUCGAUCUCUCGGAGAACUUUAUCGAUCAUUUGGACUCUACAUCAUUCCCAACGGCUCAAUUGACCUAUUUGAAUUUGGCGCGCAAUCGCAUUCAAAUUUUGCCGGACAAUUCUUUUGUCAUGCUGUCGAAAUUGCUGUCCCUCAACAUCUCUCAAAAUCACUUACGUGCCAAUUUCAAGGAAGUUUUCCAUUAUCUGCCAGAUUUGCGACAGCUGAGCUUGGCCAAUUGCGGCUUGAAGGCUAUUCCUCACCUGCAAAUGAUGUCGCUGAACUACUUGGAUUUGUCCGAUAAUUACAUCGAUUCGAUCAGAGAAAAUGAACUGCAGAAUUUUAAUACCUUGAAAGUUUUAUUGCUGACGAAUAAUUCAUUAAACUCUAUCAAAAACUUGAAACUGAAUCUUUUGCGCGAAUUAGAUAUUUCGGAAAAUCCUAUAAAAGAACUGUCGCGUAACACGUUCUCCGGAUUUCCACGUCUCGAGCGGCUAAACAUCCGAAAUCUCAAUCGAACUCGUUCGGUCGAUCGCGACUGUCUAAAAUCAUUGAGCUACCUCAAGUACUUGCGCACUCAAACCUGGCCGGAAGUGCCGGACUUUCGAUUGCGUCAUUUUCUCAGCGGUCUACCCCUGCGCGUAGUUGAGAUUCAAAUGAUGGAAACCGAGCUGACGGAUCAGCUGCACCGAUCGUUCAGUAAACAAUUGCGGGAGCUCACGAUAACCGGUCAAAAUUUGCACUUUAUCGCCGCCGACGCGUUCGCCACGAUCGAAGGGGCCGAACUUGUGCUUCGUAUCAAAGAUACGCAGGUGCAAAAAUUCCAAUCUGAUAUCUUCCUCUCUUUGACCAAGCAAAUGUCGUCCUUGACACUGGACUUGAGGAAUAAUCAUAUCAACGAGUUGAGCCCAUCGGUAAUUUAUGGAAAUUUAUCAUGGGAGAGCGUCGGGACAAAUAUGGUGUCAGGCGGGUUGCAGCUGUCGGGCAAUCCUCUGGAGUGCGACUGCGAGAUAGCCUGGCUGUCGCUGUGGCUGCGACGUUGGCUCCGGGAAUCCCGUCAGAUCCACACGGCCUCGCAGUCGGACGCGCGUCAGCUUCGCAGCUUGGCCAGUCGCGCCGUCUGCCACGAGUCGACGGCCCAACUCUAUCACGUGCCCGACCGGACCCUCCUCAAUCUGGGCGCACCGAACACGGCCUGCCAAGCCUCGGCCCUCAGCGCCGCCUCUCUCUGCCACGAGGACGCGCAGAGGCUCCUCACGGUCUUCCUUGCUGCGGCGCUGCUCGUGCUCGUCUUCAAUCGGUAGCUCAGCUACGCGACGCAUCA